AUGAUGAAGAUCGAUAGACUGCGGUCGUCAGUGUGGACUUGUACGUUUAUCGUCAUCGCUUAUACUGCGGUGGCUCUCGCCACCAGUACUUGUCCAAGAAAUUAUUUUCUAAAUUCAGAGGGAAGGUGCAGAGGUUGCAACUCCUGUCUUCCUGGUGUGAAAAGUAUAGCUAGAUGUACGGAGACUCACGACACGGUAUGUCAUCCGGACAACAAAUGCUACAACCCACUCUAUGUGUACGACGCAAGAUACGAUUACCACUGUCGAGCAGUCCGACCUUCCGACUGCACGGAUAGAAGACUCGUUUCUUCCACCCCUACUAAUUGCAGUACUAAAGGAAGCAAUUGCACAUGUCGGGUGGUUUCUAGUGAUCAUAGAAAGGUAGACUGCUAUUGUGAAACAGAUUGUGAAAGGCUUUCUAUUGCUAAUGGUCACCUGGACUCUACUGAUAAAAGCGUAGGCACAGUCGUGACAGUGAGAUGUGAAAUAGGAUACACACUCGUCGGUUCUAGUUGGAGGGAAUGCUUAUCUUCGAAAACUUGGAGUGGAGAGACCAAAUGUUUAGGUCCUUGUAAUGGAAAGGCAUUAGAUGUGUUAGGUUUCAGUGGAACGAUCGAAUAUAGACACUUCCUACCCGGCGACUGCAGUUGGAGACUUCAUGGCAAUUUCGGUUUCAAAAUGAUCAUAAAGUUUCACAUGCUGUCCAAUGCACAUUUUGGCGAUUCUGUUACUGUUCGCGACAGAGACUCAUCUGGAACUGUCAUUGCGUCUUUGUCUAGAGGUUACGAAAACGAAUCUGUUGUGUCUUGUAGUAAAUCUCUUUUUGUGGAAUAUAACAGCAGUUACAGACUGCAUAAGGCGGGAGUUGUUGCAUCUUUUAUGAGUGUUGAUCGUAUAGCGUCUCCAGAAUAUCCUCAUUCUUAUCCCAUAUCAACAAGAAUAACGUGGAGAGUGUGUGCUCUACUAAAUCAGCCAACAUAUCUGGACUUCACUGAUUUUGAUUUGGAGCAAUUAGACAGUGUGAAAAUAACGUCACGCCAAAAGCUCAAUGCGACGUUUCGAGGUCGACUUCUACCAUUCAGAUUAGUUCUUACAUCCAUUACAACCCUAGUUUUUACGUCACAAAAGCUUCAAACAACAAAGAGUCAUCGACGAUUUUCAUCCCGGCUUCGUGUGCCGUCGUUGCAAAUUAAAAAUAGCCAUUGUCGCUGUAGGAACGAUUGACUUUAUCAGUUUAUUGUUACUUAUUGGUG